AGCACAGGCGGGAUGGGGGAUGGGGGGUAGGGGGGUGGUUGUGCCGGGCAGCAGGGAUUACAACAUCGCCCAGCAUGUUGCUACCACUCUGAUGUUCUCUCACUAAUGUCUCACUGCCCGGGUUCAGAGGAGCAGCGCUGGCCUGCGGAGACUCGACGCGUAACACACCUGUUGAUCUAGAACUACGCAAAAAAAAAAAAAUAGACGUCUUCUGUCCCUUUCAUCUUCACAUCAGCUCCGGAGUGAUGGAGAAUCUGAGGCGGAAGAUAGAGGUCAUGUCGCCGCGAAUAUGCCCGAGUUCACAGGCUCCAUCUGACCAGGAUUCCAAGGCCCAGAGUAAUGGGAAAGAAGGGAAAGUCCACUUGAGGAGAGAAAUCUCCCUUAUGAACGGGAUCUGCCUGAUUGUGGGGAACAUGAUCGGCUCUGGGAUCUUUGUCUCCCCGAAGGGGGUGCUCAUGCACAGCUCCUCCUACGGGCUGUCUCUGGUCAUUUGGGCCGUCGGAGGCGUGUUCUCAGUGUUUGGCGCUUUGUGCUACGCGGAGCUCGGCACCACCAUCCCCAUGUCCGGGGCCAGCUACGCCUACAUCCUGGAGUCGUUCGGAGGCUUCCUCGCCUUCAUCCGUCUGUGGACGUCCAUCCUGCUGAUCGAGCCGGCCAGCCAGGCGGUGAUUUCACUGACCUUCGCCAACUACCUGGUGGAGGCUUUCUACCCCACCUGCCAGCCGCCGUACGAUGCUGUCCGGCUUAUCGCUGCAGCCUGUCUGUGUCUGCUCAUCUUCACUAACUGUGCCUCAGUGAAGUGGGGGACGCGAGUCCAGGACAUUUUCACUUACGCCAAACUCAUGUCGCUGUGCCUCAUCAUCAUCGUAGGAAUAAUCAAAAUGGCAUCUGGAGAGUCAAAGAGCUUUGAUAGUCCGUUCGAGGGCUCCACCACUGAUCCCGGAGCCAUGGCUUUGGCCCUCUACUCGGCCCUGUUCUCCUACUCUGGCUGGGACACACUCAACUUUGUCACUGAAGAGAUUCAGAAUCCAGAGAGGAACUUGCCCCUGGCCAUUGCCAUCUCCAUGCCCAUUGUUACCAUCAUCUACCUGCUGACCAAUGUUGCGUACUACGUGGUUUUGGACAUGGCGUCCCUGCUGGACAGUGACGCCGUUGCUGUGACCUUUGGGAAUGCGGCCCUCGGGCCUUUCAAGUGGAUCAUCCCCGUUUCAGUGGCCAUGUCUUGCUACGGAGGACUCAAUGCUUCGAUCAUAUCUGCCUCGCGGCUGUUUUUUGUUGGCGCCAGAGAGGGCCACCUCCCCAACAGCCUGAGUCUGAUCCACACGCAGCGCUACACACCCAUACCUGCACUGCUUUUCAACGGGUUAAUGGGUCUGAUCUUCCUGUGUGUGGAGGACGUGUUCCAGCUCAUCAACUACUUCAGCUUCAGCUACUGGCUCUACGUGGGUCUGUCGGUGGCCGGCCUCAUCUACCUGCGCAUCACUCAGCCAGACAGACACAGGCCGGUUAAGUUGAGUUUGUUCUUCCCCUUCGUCUACUGUCUGUGUAGCCUGUUCUUAGUCAUCGUUCCUCUGUACGGAGACACCAUCAAUUCCCUCAUAGGGAUUGGCAUUGCACUGUCCGGGGUGCCCGUCUACUAUGUGGCCAUCUACCUGCCUGAUGAGAGGAGGCCGAAAUUCCUACGCAAGUUAAACAACUUUGCCACCAGAUCGAUCCAGGUGCUGCUCUGCUGCUGUCUGACUGAAUUUGACACCGAGACAGAAGCAGGCGGUAAAACGCAGUGAGCUGCAGACCCUCCAUCGCUCUUUGGCCAUCUUCCUGCAGGAGGACUAUGUUUUGGCCAAAUGUCAAUGUUCAUUGCGCUCACAAACUCAGGAGCAAGGGCGGAGUGACGUGGCGCCGGCUCGCAGCGUUUGUGAGGAUUACUUCUCCCUGGUCAAGUUUUAAAAAAGGCCCGACAUCCCAAAUGACUCAUCACGAAGGAGCCGGCUGUGGCUUUCUUGUGAAAAUGCGAUGCCCUUUUAUCCACAGACAUCAGGAGAUUUCUUCUCUGAGGAUUUCAUCUACCUACGGAAUAAAUACAGGCACUUUUUUAUUUUUUGGACUUGUGUGAAGAUGUGUUGUACUUUGCAUUGCUUUGCUUUGUUUGAAAUAAAAGCAACAAGUGAUGGUGUUCGAAUUCAAUCAGGCAGUCCAGGGGAAUGUCGAGAGUCCGUGUGAUAAUUACAACACGACCCUGACUCCCUGCAAACGCCAUUCGACCUCUGCAGCUCAUCCUGAAUGCAGCAGCUCCACUGGUCUUUAACCUUCCUAAAUUCUCCCACACUACUCUGCACUGGCUGCCCGAGGGUCCAGUCUACAUCCAGGACAUGGUCAAACAAAUACAUAUAAUGUACAUGUACAUAUAAUAUCUAUAAGUUGUAAAUCGGCUUAUUUGAUGAAAUUGCACUCUCUUGUUUCUUGUUCUUCUGGGUGUGAAUCCUUAUGUUUGAAAUGCACUUAUUGUAAGUUGCUUUGGAUAAAAGUGUCUAAAGCUAAAUGACGUGUAAUGUAAUUUCACAAAUGUGAAGACUAUGAAUUCGUUCAUUUCAAACAAUAUUUGGGGAUUGAUUCCUGAGGAGCUCCACUUUGAAACAGAAGUUCACGAAGACAGCUUAACAGUCACAGUGUAUUUGACAGAUUUUAUGAAGGUUUGAUUUGCAGGCAUGAUUCUCUUCAUCACGAGGAGCGUUUUCUUUCAGAUCCAUCAACCUGAGCCUUCUGGGAGAGACACAAGUAAGGCUGACCUCAACCAAAGAGAGAAUGCUCAAAUCCUUUUCACAACUCAUCGAUAAGUUGAUUUCAGUGGAACUGAGUUUCUCCACAACAAAAUCACACAAACGCACCACUUUGCUUGGAAAUAAGUGACACAUUUUUAUUUUU